AUGCAAAGCUCGACUGUUGGAGGGAUUUCUGUUGAGCCAAGUAGUUGCAGAGAGGUGUGGGCCGUGCUUAUUUCUGCUGGAAUGCGCAUCAGAGCAUUACAAGAGUAUGGCAAGAACUCUCUUGGAGAGUCUUGCAAUGUAUUUGAGGUCUUGGUUUUCUUAGUGCUAACUUGUUCAAUACCAAGUGAAAUUGGUAACCUCCAGAAUCUAGAGUUUAUUACCACCGGAUUUAAUGGCCAUCUUCCAUCAGAUAUGAGCCUCUACCUUCCAAAGCUCAAAGAACUUCGCCUUUUAGAAAAUAAAUUGAGCGGAAGAAUUCCCAACUCCAUCUCCAAUGCUUCACAGCUCACUCUCCUAGACUUGAGUUCUAAUUCAUUGGUCGGGCAUAAUUCCAGAAGCACUUGCUUCCUUCCUAAUUCCGUUGGUAAUCUUUCUCUCUCUCUUCAAGUACUUUACCUAUCUUCCUGCAAUAUUAAGGGAAGCAUUCCGGCAGAGCUUGGGAAUCUAAGUAGUUUGAUUACUUUGGAACUAUCCAACAACGAAUUGAAAGGACCUAUUCCAACUACAUUAGGAAGAUUGCGCAUGUUACAAGCUUUGUCCCUUGGAGCUAAUAAACUAGAGGGUCAGAUCCCAUCUGAUCUUUGUCAUCUAAAGAGCUUGUAUAUGUUGUUUCUAUAUAGCAAUAAGCUUUUUGGACAUAUUCCAACAUGCAUAAGCAAUCUAACUUCCCUAGGAUAUCUCUACUUAGAAUUCAACCAAUUAACUUCCACGAUUCCUUUGAGCUUGUGGAGCCUUACAAAUCUCUUGGAGGUUGACCUGUCAUCCAAUUCAUUAACUGGCAUUCUUUCAUUAGAGAUUGGAGAUAUGAAAGCCAUGAGGAUAUUGAAUCUAUCAAGAAAUCAACUAUUAGGGAAUAUCCCAAGAACAAUUAGUGGCCUUAUACAUCUAACUAAUCUCUCUUUAGCAGUCAAUCAACUAGAAGGUUCAAUUUCAGAGUCUUUUGGCGAGUUGUUAAGUUUGGAGAGCUUAGAUCUUUCCUGCAACAAUUUAUCUGGAAGAAUUCCCAAGUCCUUAGAAGCACUUUUAUACCUCAAGUAUCUAAAUGUCUCUUUCAAUAAUCUACGAGGGAAAAUUCCAAUAGGAGGACCAUUUGUACACUUCUGGUUUGCUUCAUUUAUCUCAAAUGAUGCGCUUUGUGGUGCUCCUCGAUUAAAAGUUCCUCCAUGCAAAGAAGGUUCUAUUGAUAGAAAAAAGGCCAUAGUAUCGCAUCUAUUGAAGUACCUAUUACCGUCAAUUGGGUUAGCGAUGCUUGUAGUGGUUUCUUCAUUAGCCUAUAAAAUAUGUAAAAAAGAGAAUCCUGAAUUUCCACAACAGACAGACUCAUACAAUUUACCUACAUGUAGCAGAAUUUCUCACCAAGAACUUGUACUAGCAACAGAAAGGUUCAACUCAAGCAACUUACUUGGUGAAGGGAGUUUUGGAUCAGUAUACAAGGGAACACUUUCAGAUGGGAUGAAUAUUGUAGUAAAAGUUAUAAACUUGCAAGUAGAAGGGGCAUUUAAGUGUUUUGAUGCAGAGUACGAGGUAUUACAGAAUGCCCAUCAUCGCAAUUUGGUCAAAAUCAUUAGCGUUUCUAGCAACAUUGACUUCAAGGCCCUUGCUGAAGAUAAUGAUUGA